AUGAAAAAUUGUGAAUUCAUAGAAAUUUCUGUAUUAUAUUCAGGUAAUUGGAGUACUUUCUUCCAAAAUUUAGAACUUAUUGAUUGCUCGAUUCUGAAUGAUAAAAGUGAAAUUAAUUCCUUAUCAAACAUAAUAACAAUCAAACCAGAUCUUAAAAUUUAUAGUGUUAGUGAUGAACCAGUCAAAUUUAUUACAGAACAAAUAGUAAAUUAUCAUGAUACAAAAUCCAGAAUUGACCUUAACACUGCUUACUUAAGUUCAUGCAGUAUUUCAGAUUGCCAAUUCCUUCAUUUGAUUAGUAAUCAAGCCGGCGGUGCUAUAAAAAUCAUCACAUCUGAAUGUAACGUCACAAUUCAUACGACAAUAUUUCAAAAUAUCAGUUGUUCAUCAUUUUUUGUUAAUGUUGAUGGUGGUGCUAUUUACUUGUCUGCUACGAAAGGCUCAUUAUAUAUCUAUGAAAGUUGUUGUACAGAUUGCUUUUCGUUAGAUACAAAUCAUUUUGCAUAUGCCUAUAUCGAUGGUAAUUCAGAAUUUAGAUUUCAAUCUUCAUGUUUAUGCAAUUGUCCUGGAAAAAACAACCAUACAGGACAAUCGAUGUAUAUUCAUAUGAAUGCAGAUAUAAGUCAAUGUAAUUUUUCAAAUAAUUAUCCAAGAUCAUAUGCUGUUAUUUACAAUUAUAAUGAUUUAGAAUCAACUAUUCAGAAUUGCUUAGUUUUUCAAAACGGAAUCAAAGACAAAUCACUAAUUUCAAGCCGCGAAUUAAAUCUUCAUGAUUCGAAUUUCAUUAAUAACAUUCUCGAUAAUGAUAAAUCAGAUAAUUUGGUUUUGGCAUCCUUUGAUAAAAAUCCUUAUUCAGUUUAUUGCCACAACAACAAUAAUUUCGAUGAAAGCAAUCUAAAAUCAGAUUUAACAGUUCAAAAUACUUUGAAAUUUAAAGAUUACUGUUAUAUAAAACCACCUAAGAGCUGGACCCCAUUAAUUCUCUCAUUGACAGGUGUUGUAAUCAUAUUGUUAAUAAUAUCAAUUAUUUUUGGCGUCUACUUGCAUAAGCGCUACCGUAAGAUCGAAAAUCGUCAGGCACAUGAACGCAGUUUACAAGACGACUUUGGCUAA